AUGGGUCUCUCCUUACAUCCCCAAAUCGACAAUGGUCUAACCAAAGGCCAACCCGGCUUCCCUGGCGGCAAACUCUACUGCCACUGCCCUAGCAACAAGAUCGAAGUCACCCUUGGUUCCGACGUCCUCCACAACCACGCCUGCGGCUGCUCCAAAUGCUGGAAACCCGCCGGCUCCCUUUUCUCAGUAGUCGGCGUCAUCCCCACCGACAAAGUGUCAGUCACCGCCAACAGCGACAAAUUAACCAUCGUCGAUUCUGAGGCCGUCAUUCAGCGAAACGCCUGCUCUCAAUGCGGUGUUCACAUGUUCGGGCGUAUCCAUAAGGAGCACCCGUUCAAGGGUCUCGAUUUUGUGCAUGCUGAGCUUUCGGACACAAAGGGGUGGCAGGAACCGCAGUUUGCAGCUUUUGUGUCGAGUAUUAUUGAGCAAGGAUUCAAGCCGGAGGGGAUGGAUGAGGUGCGUGCGAAGUUUGAGAGUGUGGGAUUGAAGACGUACGAUGCUUUGAGUCCGGCAUUGAUGGAUGCUAUUGCUACUUGGACUGCGAAGAGGGCGGGGAAACUAUAG